AGAAACGAGCUGACACACCCCCCUCCGGAAAUAAAUAAAUUUCCAAAUGACAAUGGACUCUGGAAUGCUUCUGGCUGGGCUACUACUAAGCACUUGCCUGCUCUUGUGGGGUCUGUGGAUGGUUCUCUUGAAGCUUAAGGCAAAGCUCCGUUACCCUCCUGUUGAGAGUGGAUGGAUUCCCUGGCUGGGCUGUGCAGUUGCUUUUGGGAAGGCUCCUCUCCUAUUUAUCCAGCAAACGAAAGAGAAGCUCGGAGAUAUUUUCACGAUUCAUGCUGCCGGCAAGAUGAUGACCUUUGUAACGAACCCUCGUGACUACCACCACUAUUUCACCACGACAACGACUGAUUUCCAGGCAGCUGUGCAACCAUUCACGAUGAGAGCAGCUGGUGUGCCUGCCCAGUCCUUCUUCAAGCAUCACAGUGCUAUACACGACACCAUCAAGGGUCAGCUCAUACCCUCCUAUCUCACAUCAAUGUGUCCCUCUCUCUCUGCCGAGCUCAACAACAGUCUGAGUUGCCAUGGAAACAGUGGAGAGGCGGAGCUGAUGGAUUUCGUGAGGGAUCCGAUGUUUGAGGCUGUCGUUAGACAACUCUUCGGAAAGGAAAAUGUUCCGGCCACAAGGCCCGAGAUGAGAAGUUUCAUGCACAAGUUUAUCAAGUACGACGCUGAUUUUGAGUACGGAGCAGAACUGCCUGAAAUAUUCCUCAGAGAGUGGCGUGACUCGAGGAACUGGCUUCUCUCAGCUUUCAAGCAUGUGAUUAGUCGAGUAAAGGCAGGAAAGAGUGAGGAGAAGAAGCCGACAGUAUUGGAGCACCUCCUGCGAAUGGUUGACCCUCCCAGUGCCCAUAACUACGCCCUACUGUUGCUAUGGGCCUCUCAAGCUAACGCUAUUCCAAUGGUUUUCUGGACAAUGGCUUAUAUUUUGGCCGAUCCUGAAGUCUACAAAUCAGUUCGGAAAGAAAUGGAUGAAGCGUUACCUCAACACACUGGUGGUGAUGAUUUCGUACCAGUACAAGAGUCGGCACUCAAGCAGAUGCCCCUGAUAAAGAGGUGUGUCCUGGAAGCCGUACGACUACAUGCUCCAGGCAUGAUCACUAGGAAGGUUGUCAGAACACACUCAAUCAACGGCUACACUGUGCCUGCCGGACACCUGCUAAUGCUCUCGCCAUACUGGAGUCAUAGAAACCCACACAAGUUCCCGGAACCUGAGAAAUUCAAACCAGAUCGGUGGUUGGAAUGUGACCUGGACAAGGCACAGCUGCUUGACGGAUUCGUUGGUUUCGGUGGAGGACGGUACCAGUGUCCAGGGAGGUGGUUUGCUCUGAUGGAGAUGCAGCUGUUCAUUGCUAUGUUACUACAGCAGUUCAACCUCGAGCUACUCGACCCGCUACCCUUGCCGAGUCCUCUUCAUUUGGUGGGAACUCAGCAACCAAUGGAAACGUGUCGUGUCAAAUUCUCAAGGCGAACUUAACUUCUAUUAACCAUUGUACACAUGAAUUAACUAGCUAGCUAAUUCAUUCAAAUACACAUGUAAGUGUAACGUGUUUGUGUUUUGAAGAUGGAAUUGAUAUGAAUUUUGUUUA